UCUAUAAACGACCUCCGACUUUUUCAAUACAUCAAAAAUUUCAAUUCAACAAGCAUAGGAAAUUGCUAUGAUUCUCUGAGAAAUCAUCAGAAGAAAUCUUGGAGCAAACAAAGGGAGCACAAUCCCUAGUUUGGGGAUGAUGUUUCCGCGACUACGAUUGACGAAGGUCUUCUUCUCCCUGGUCCUCGCCGGGAAAUGGAUCGUCUUUGCCGACGGUAGCAGCGGUGGCGGCGCGAGAAACGGCUACUCCGGCGGAUUAUGGUCGUCGGCUAUUGCUCCUUCGAAUGUUGGUUUAGCUGUCGCAGUCACCGUCAUGGCCGGUCUGGCCGUGACUCUCACCGUCGUCUACUCUCGUAGAGGAAGCAUUGGAUCACCUUGGUCACUGAGGAGAAGAAAGCAUGUUCUUCAACCUGAACAGUGGAAUGCUUUCUUCACAGAGGAAGGGCGACUCAGUGAUGGAGGUGUCAAAUUUCUGAAGAAAGUUCGUAGUGGGGGUGUACAUCCAAGCAUCAGACCAGAGGUUUGGCCGUUUCUCCUUGGAGUGUAUGACCUAAACAGCACCAAGGAAGAAAGAGAUUCUAUUCGACAGCUGAAACAGACGGAAUAUGAAAACCUGCGGAGACAGUGUCGCGAGAUUCAUGAACGCAAUGAAAAUGGCUGCGACUCAGAGCAGACAGCUCAGAACAGUAAUACUGGAGACAGUCAAGUUCUUGAUUCCCAUGAUAUUGAGGAAGUCGAUAGUUCCACAAGAUCCGUCACCGUAGAGGAAUCAGAGAAGGUAAAUUCCGAAUCCAUUGGGCAGGAUGAGAACUGUGAAAAGAGUGAUGUCACCAUUGAAGAUGCUGCUGCUAAUGACUCAGACUCAACCAACCCUGAAGAAACCGAGACUUCACCUCUUCUAGCUAACGAAGAAGCAGAAAGCCACAAUACUGUUAACCAUGAAGAAGACAAUUUGUCUCCAUCAUCAAAGCCAAAAUCACAGGCUGCAGACGAGGAUUUCAUCACAACUAAUGACUCAGACUCAACCAACCCUGAAGACACCGAGACUUCACCUCUUCUAGCUAACGAAGAAGCAGAAAGCCACAAUACUGUUAACCAUGAAGAAGACAAUUUGUCUCCAUCAUCAAAGCCAAAAUCACAGGCUGCAGACGAGGAUUUCAUCACAACUAAUGACUCAGACUCAACCAACCCUGAAGACACCGAGACUUCACCUCUUCUAGCUAACGAAGAAGCAGAAAACAACAAUACUGUUAACCAAGAGAAAGACAAUUCGUCUCCAUCAUCAAAGCCAAAAUCACAGGCUGCAGACGAGGAUUUCAUCACAACAUGGCAGAGAAUUAUCCGCCUGGAUGCCGUGAGAGCAAAUGACGAAUGGGUGCCCUACUCACCGUCUCAAGCUGCUGUUUCUGAGACAAAAGCCCGGGGUAUAGCCAUACAGGUUGGUCUCAAUGACUACGACCACUUGGAACCCUGCCGGAUAUUCCAUGCAGCCCGCCUGGUCGGGAUCUUAGAAGCCUACGCAGUCUACGAUCCAGAAAUCGGUUACUGUCAAGGAAUGAGCGACUUACUAUCUCCUUUAAUCGCAGUGAUGGAAGAUGACGUCUUAGCAUUCUGGUGCUUUGUCGGGUUCAUGAGUAAAGCACGUCAUAAUUUCCGGCUGGACGAGGUUGGCAUCAGGCGACAACUCUCAAUGGUAUCGAAAAUCAUCAAAUUCAAAGACAUUCACUUGUACCGACACUUGGAGAACCUUGAAGCAGAAGACUGUUUCUUUGUAUACCGUAUGGUGGUUGUUCUUUUCAGAAGAGAACUAACAUUUGAGCAGACGCUGUGUCUCUGGGAAGUAAUGUGGGCAGAUCAAGCUGCGAUACGAACUGGGAUUGCGAAGGCUACAUGGGGGAGAAUCCGGUUACGAGCACCGCCUACAGAAGAUUUGUUGCUUUAUGCGAUAGCUGCGAGUGUAUUGCAGAGGAGAAAGACGAUCAUAGAGAAAUACAGUGGGAUGGAUGAGAUAAUGAAGGAAUGUAACAGCAUGGCUGGUCAUCUUGAUGUUUGGAAACUUCUAGACGAUGCUCAUGACUUAGUCGUCAAUCUUCACGACAAGAUCUAAGAAUUAUAUAUCUCACCCGUGUUCCGUCUCUUUUACUUGUUUGUUGCCCUCUUUGUUAUUGUUACAUAAAAUGUAAUAAAAACAACAUUGUCCAAAAACGCUUGAAAAUGUCUUCUUCAUUA